AUGACUGCAGUCUUUAGGCAGUUUCUGCCUCUGGAUCUAGUAUACGCACGUGGGAUAGUGCUGCCUCACGACACAACGUCUUUGAUCAUUGGGAUCAUCACCCUUGUUCUAACAGGAGUUUAUUUUUUUCGCAGCAAGGGCCCUUCAUAUGCCGAAUUCCCACUUGCUACACUAGAAGGCGAAAGCGCGAGGGAUAGUUGGUUUAAUAAUGGACGGAAGCUUAUGCUGGUGGCACUCGAGAAGUAUUCGAACCGACCCUUCAAAGUCAUCACCGGUACUGGUCCUAAGAUCAUAGUGCCAAACCGGUUUGCAGACGAACUACGGAACAAUCCGGCCCUGAACUUCAAUAAGGCUUUCAUCCAUGACUUCUUCCCAGAAUACCCUGGCAUGCAACCCCUGAAGGAGUUUUCGGCCCACGACUCGAUUACGGCCGAAACGAUUCGAACGAAGCUGACACAAUCGCUUGGAUUGGUCACCGAAGACCUCGUUGACGAGACGACAUCAUGUCUGCACGACUUAUAUGGUGAUAAUCUGGAUGGGGAAUGGCGUACUACGGUGCUGAAGGAAAGCGUGCUCGAUAUGGUCGUAAGACUGAGCAGCAGGGUUUUCCUCGGCAAAAAUCUGUGCCGGGAGCAGAAGUGGUUGACUAUCGCCAAGACCUAUGCCGUGGAUGCCGUUACAGCUACGUUUGCUUUGCGCCGGGUGCCUAGUAUUCUACGGUUGUUUGCUCAUUGGUUUAUGGCAGAAUUCCGCCGCUGUCGGCAAGCGGUUAGGGAGGCGCACCUGAUGAUUGAUGCCGAAGUAGCUAAACGCAAGACUAUCGUGGACGAGUGCAUUGCAGCGGGCAAGAAGCCCCCAAAGGUGGCUGACGCCAUCGGGUGGAUGCACGAAACGGCUUUGGCGCGCAAAGUAAAAGUCGAGUAUGUGGAUGCGCAGCUGUCUCUAAGCAUGGCAGCUAUUCACACUACGACUGAAGUUACUUGCCAAGCCAUUUUCGACGUUUGUAGUCAUCCGGAAGUUCUGCAACCCCUACGUGACGAGAUCAUCGAGGUUAUUGGCAAGAAUGGCUGGUCCAAGACGAGUCUAUACCGUUUGAAAUUCAUGGAUAGCUUCUUGAAGGAGUCUUCGAGAGCCAGGCCGAGAAAUUUGGCUGUAGUAAAUCGCCACGUCGAAUCGGAUGUCCAACUCUCUGAUGGUUCCGUUUUGCCAAAGAACUCGCUCUGCAUUGUACUUGCUGACUUCUCCAAUCCGAAAUUCUACCCAGAGCCGGAGAAAUUUGACGCAUGGCGGUUUAUCAGGGCCCAGGAACGGCCGGGAGAGGAGAACGCAUGGUCAAUGGUUUCAGUGGCUGCCGAGCAGAUGUCUUUCGGGAUCGGUAAGCACGCGUGCCCUGGACGCUUUUUCGCUGUCAACGAGGUCAAAAUCGCACUCUGCCACCUCCUGCUGAAGUACGACUGGCGAUUUGUGCCCGGUAAGGGCAGACCAGUUUCUACUAGUUUCGAGCUAGAGGAUAGCAUCAGUACUACGGGUGAGAUGCAGUACAAGAGGAGACAGGAGGAGGUCAAUCUGGAUCUUGCUAUUUAA